AUGGGCAUAGGAGCCUUUGCCGAGCCAUUCGUGGUCAUUUCCCUCCUUGCAAUUGGUUGCUAUGUCAAUCGUGAGACAAGAGAUCCUACAACGAUGCUGGUCAGCGCGAGUCACAAACGAGACGACAGUCUGGAGUCAGGAGGCUCUAGCCCAAGCUCUGAGGCUGGAUUGCUCAGUCCGCUUGACAGACCAAUCCACGAUGCGGCCGCAAGGACGGACUUCCAAGGUCACCACGUACGAACGAUCCAGGUAUUUGGAUGGCGGAAGGAUCUUGUGACGGUCAACACUCGGCAGUUCGCCAGUCGAUGGUUCAGUCGUCUGAUCGUUCAUCGGAAACCGUUUAUUGUUGAGGUUCUGUAUUGGGCUUUGAUAUAUUGGGUCUACCAACUCGCCCGCGCGUUCUCAGCAUAUACCCUGGUCGAGGAAACAGUAGACGUGGCUCGUCGGCAUGCGCUCCAAGUCAUUCACCUCGAGCAAACCCUCGGCAUCUUCUGGGAGCCAGCCAUUCAGCAAUUCUUCCUGCGAUAUCCCACCUUGAUGCACUGGAUCAAUCGUACAUACAGCUUCGUACACAUCCCCGCCACCAUCACCUAUCUGAUCUGGCUCUACUACCUCACCAUCACUGUGAAUCGUACUUCCUACGCCGAGACACGCGAGCGUAGUCCGGCAGGACCAGUCCUAUAUCAGGCUCGACGACGUAUGAUGGCGAUGUGCAACUUGAUAGCAUUUGUCGUGUUCACGGCGUGGCCUUGCAUGCCGCCUCGGCUGCUCAGUGAUCCUAGCUACGAAGGAGACGAUGCUCAGGAAGCCAAGUCGUUUGGCUUUGUCGAUACUGUCCAUAGCGCGGAGGGCGAAAGUAGCGUGUGGACUAAGAACAAGUUCUGCAAUCAAUAUGCCGCCAUGCCGUCGCUCCACUUCGGCUACUCUCUCCUCAUCGGCUUGACCAUAGCGUUCUUGCCGCUGGCAUCUGACAACCGACGCAGAAUUGGGACGAUGUAUGGACUCCGUGUGCCUUCGCUCAGCUUGAAGCGCAUCGUGUGCCUUGCUGUCGGUUUUGGGUAUCCUGCGUUAAUCCUCACCGCCAUCGUGGCGACCGCGAACCACUUUAUUCUCGACGCAGUUGCUGGUGCCAUGGUAUGUGGUCUCGCUUGGAACGCAGAGCCUUUGACGUUGAACUUGUUGCCCCUGGAAGAUCUGUUCUUCUGGUGUAUCAGAACACACAAACCAAGUGUGGACGUGGAACCGAUGCUCAGCCUGGAGGAGAAGCUUGGUGACAGGAGAUCACCGACCUGA